UUUCUAAGAAAGAUUCCCUGCCUAGCUGGGCAUGAGAGGUGCCUCUUGCUCAACCUGGUGCAGAUGUUGGCACCUCAGAAAAAAUUCCUUAAACAGCAGCUUUGUUGAUCCUGACUUUCCAGCCUUGUACUGUCAUGCCUCUUUCAAUCAUCUCUCUGCUUUUAAACAAGCUAAACAUGGGGCCAUGCAACACUUUCCUCUAAGGGAUGGUCCUGCAUUUGUUCAUUUCCAGUACUGUUUUCCUUCUUGAGAGCAUCCUUAACAGGCUGAUUAGACUGUGUGGCUGUGUGCGAGAUCCCAACUCAGCUGGCUAUCACUUUUGGUGGCAAAGUGGGCAUUUGAACUCACGUCUCCCCCAUCUAGUCUUGUAUUGAAAUGGGAAGUGAUGUGCAUUCAUGUUAUUUACUUUAGCCAAGAGAGUGUGAUGUUCCUGACCUGGGCUUUCCAUUGGCAGGGGGAAAGAGCCUUAAGGACCCUUUGCUAUUAAGCAUAUCUGGGUGUCAUAUGAGGCCCUAGAUGGAAAAGGAAGCCCCCCCGCACAAUCACCCAACCACUUACUCUUCUCCUGGACCCUGUUUUGCCUGGGUUUUUAAGCAAGACGGAUGGUUUUGUCGCCCUUUCCUUCUGCUAGGCACAAAGUCCGAAGCAGAGAGGCAGCUGGUCUUGGAGCAGUGGGACUGCCUUUGCCACAUGGAGAUGGUGGGCGAGGAAGGGGCCUUUGUCAUUGGCUGGGAGAGGGUCUUCACUGAGGAAGAGCUGUCUGUGGCACUGAAGUUACUAAGCAUGUCUGCGGAAGAAUUCAAGGCGUUUAAAGAACAGGACCUGGGAACAGGGGAGCGUAGCCCCAGCGGCCUGGCGCUCUCGAAGGCCACGAUUCCUGGGCUCAAAGCCUCCUGGAAGCAGCUUAUCUUCAAUGCCACUCUGCUGACCCUGCAGUCAUACAGCUUGGACUUGAAAGAGGAGGAAGAGACACUCCAGAACCUGCAGGCGUAUUCGAAGCUAAGUCGCAGGGAGCAGCAUGCCCUUCAAGUGCGCUACGGCCAGAAGAGAAUCUUGCAUCAGUUGCUUCAGCUGUGCGGGUAAAAGAGAGCAACGCUGCUUUGGCUGCACUGCCGUUGGUGUUUGUAGAGGGGACUUUGUGCUGCAGAUGUGUACAGAGGUUGCGAUCUCUGGGUUCCCCGUGAAAGACCCCUCAGGCAUUGGGUCUGGCUGUGCUGCUGUAGCAUUUCGAUAUUUCUCAUGGAAAUACAUUGGAAGCAGGUUUCUGUGAAACAUUUCUGUCUUUAGGGAGCAGUGAAAUGCUUUCCAGAGCAAGGUUUGGCCACUCAAAAGAAAUGGUAUAAAUUGCUAGAGAUAAUGCUGUAAUUUCUCUUUAGGGAGACGUAAC